UACUUUUAAUGAAUUACAUUUAGCCUGGACAAAAGGACCUUACAACAAACCAAGCCUGGACAUUAUGGUUUUUCAACUUUUCGUGGAAAUAAGCUCUGGAUUCUGGAUCGUUCGCUCGCUCUAGAUUUACUUCGUAUCUUUAGUAAUUAGACUAUGAUAGACGGAAGUAAUGUACGUACGUAGUAGCUAUUUCACCAAUGACUGAACAAGUCUAGCCAAAAUCUUGAGCUGUGUGUACAGAUCUAAAUCUAGAUCUAGAUCUAGAUUCUAGAAUCUAAUAUCUAGAUCUAGAUUCUACUAUACUGGGCCGUCAAAGAUGUUUUAUCUUUUGAGACGGUCUUUUCAAUGCUUCCAGUUGAUGGGGAAACUUUGACUGGGAUAGUGGAGAUACUGAGCUACUCCUUCUGAAACAUGGCAGGUGCAUCUGGGAAGACACCAGCACCAGCUAUGAGAUGCAGGCAGUAUGAAGCUGAAAUUAAGCUUACACAGUGGCCCAUCAUAUACAGUAGUGAGUACAACAUAGGCUUCUGUGGAUUAGAAAAGCUGCAUCCAUUUGAUGCUGGAAAAUGGGGUCGUAUCUUCAACUUUCUUAAAGAUGCUGGUAUGCUGAGAGACGACACUAUAAUUGAACCAAUGGAAGCGUCUGAAACAGAACUGCUAUUGGUUCAUACAAAACGCUACAUCAGCAGUCUCAGGCUUACAAAUAUUGUGGAGGGAAUCAAUGAGUGGAGCAUGAAUGUUGCAGGAAUCACCGAAGUGCCUCCUGUUGCUCUACUGCCAAAUUUUGUUGUGCAGAAAAAAGUCCUACGCCCGUUUCGUUUCCAGACUAGUGGAACAAUCAUGGCUGGGCGGCUGGCCCUAGAUCGUGGCUGGGCAAUCAAUAUUGGAGGCGGGUUUCACCAUUGCUCUGCGGAAAGAGGAGGGGGUUUCUGUGCCUAUGCAGACAUUACGCUAGCUAUCAAGUUUGCUUUUGAGAAAGUGGAGAGUGUUGCCAAAGUUAUGAUCAUUGAUUUGGACGCGCAUCAGGGCAAUGGCCAUGAACGAGAUUUCAUGAAUGAUCAGCGGGUCUACAUCCUGGAUGUGUACAACAGGGGCAUUUAUCCACAUGAUGGAUUUGCCAAAAGAGCAAUUAAGCGCAAAGUGGAACUGGGCCAUUUUACAGACGAUGAAACCUACUUAACAUUAAUACGAAGACAUGUCGAUGGUGCCUUGAAUGAGUUUGAGCCUGAUCUAGUUGUCUACAAUGCUGGCACGGACAUAUUGGAAGGUGACCCUCUAGGAAACUUGUCUAUCACGGCUCAGGGUGUCAUUGAAAGGGACCAGAUUGUGUUUCAAAAGUGCAGGACAAGAGGCAUUCCUAUAUUCAUGGUUACUAGUGGCGGUUACCAAAGGGAAACGGCCAGAAUUGUGGCGGACUCCAUUCUCAAUCUGAAAAACCUGGGCCUGAUUUCAUGGACAGAAGCGGAGAAUGCACCUUUGAUAGAAGCUCCUGUAUCGGCGCUACCCCGCAGUGGCAGUGAUGGUGGCCUCUUUGCCAGGUUCAAGCGCUCUUGUCUAUCACGACCCUCGACUUCAUCAUCUCUCAACAUUGCUGCGCUUGUUAGCCCUUCGGAGGAACUUGUCCCUCCACCUACCCUGGAUUCAGUCAAUAUGAACGCAGGUACUCCGUCACUACAUUCCAUCGAAACAAAUGUUGGAGCACUGACUCUGAAUUCUGACAAAACAGGUACAGGUUUGUGUUUAAGUAAAGAGAAGGAUUUCUUUGAGCCGGGCACGUCUGCUCAAAAUGACUACAUGCAUAGUACAAAAGUGAAAUGUGCAAAUCAUGAUGUGAAUGGGCUUAGUAGCAGUGAAGGUCAUAAUGUAAAUGAGAUAAACAGCACCGUACAUGAUAGUGUGGAUAAAACAAAUAGCAGUGUACAUUAUGAUGUGAGGAAGACAAAUAGCAGUGUACAUCAGAAUGUGAAAGAGAGAAAUGACAGCGUUCUGAAUGAUAAAAAUGAGACAAAUGUCGGUGUUUUAGUUGAUGUGAAUGAGACAAAUAGCUGUUUGCAUAAUGAUGUGAGUGUGACAGAGGUCACUGCCAGUUUUGCUGAAACUACUUCACCGAUUACCAGUGUGCCUGCUGUAUCCAUUCAUAUUGACGAACAAAGUGACGUCACAGACUUGAAACAAAGCUAGGCAGAGCUGAUGUGAUGACAUAUCAUAAUUGUGCAGUAAUUGUUGCUGUUUCAUUUUUUUAGUCAGAUAUUUUACAUUCCUCAAGAGUGACAAAUUUGAAAAUAUUUAUUGCAAACAAAGAUGGUGCAGUGCAAUGCUUUUCGUGUGCUUCAGAAUGGAUUUAUCCUGCUUUUUACUGAGCAACUUCUUAUUUAGGUUGUGAAGAAUACUGUCAGAAUUUCCAGUUUGUAAAGAAUGCUUAUUUUGGAUGCGGAAGAUAGCAGUGUAAAUAUUGUGCAAUAGUGAAAGUUUGGUGGAAUCGCCUCACUAAGAAAUGAUUGAUUUCAUGGGAAACUGUUAAUUUGUUGUGCUCAGUUUAGUUUUAAAGUAAUUUUUUUCUACUCUUGUGUUACAGAUAUUUCUUUUAUUGGGACCAUUUUCUCUCUGUGGGUGUCAAUUUUGAUGUUGAAUAAGUUCUGAAUGUCUUUACUCUUUAUAUGCUUUGUUUGUAAUUCAUGUUUCAAAGUGGUUCCCUAACAAUGCAGGCAAAAUCACUUUCCUCCCAUUGAGGAGGGCACACUUUAAGCCUGGGUGCUUUAUUUGUCAGUGGCCUUUAUUUUGAUGUAUGUGGGAAGUGUUUUUGUGCUUGCAGAUUGCAGGGGAGAGCUUUUGUAUAUGUUUUGGAAAUCUUUGAAAGGUUAAAAGAGUGGUUCUAAUCUUCAUUGUCGGUCAUGUUGAAUGUUGUCAGUUUGAACUGUACACAUGCAGUUUAUAUGCAUAUAUGUUUAAACAUAAUCUUUCACUCCUUCACUCCCUUUCCCUUUAUGGCUUAAAGAGCAAGAGGUGGUCACCAUUAGAAUGCUUAAAUCAAAAGGCAUGGGACAUUGACCUGUAUUGUACGUUAGAUCUUUUUGUUGCUGAGACGUUAUUUUAACUGCCAGUCAUUUUUUCACAACCAGUGUCCAGAUGUUUCUUUCCUUUUAUACACUAAAAAAAAAGAA